GGUGAUGAUGUCACUGUGGGCGGAAGUGAAGGAGUGUUCCAGAAAGAGCGGCGAGUGCGCGAGACACAAACACACAGGAGUAUAACAAUAAGAACUCUUAUAUUUAUAAUAUUAACAGAGAUUAACGGAGCAGACGCGUGAGUGACCGCCAUGACGACCAUCGAUUACAGUGUGUGGGAUCAUAUCGAGGUGUCCGACGAUGAAGAUGAUACUCACCCAAACAUCGACACACCGAGCCUGUUCCGCUGGACACACCAGGCGCGGGUGGAGCGUAUGGAGGCGUUCCUGCAGAAGGGCGAGGAUCUGGAGAAGGGUCUGGCGGAGAGCCGCAGGAAGCUGGCCGAGGCUCAGCGGCGGGUUCAGGAGCUCAGCUCAGCCUCCACCCCUGAGUCCAGAGCCCAGCUGACCUCAGCCCAGGACGAGGAGAAGCAGCUGAGACGGGAGGAGCGCGCCUGGGAGAAGAAGAUGGAGGAGCACCGGCGGGAGGAGAAGAAGAUGCCCUGGAACGUGGACACGCUCAGCAAGGAGGGCUUCAGCAAGAGCGUCGUCAACAUCAAGCCAGAGAAGACGGAGGAGACAGAGGAGGAGAAGGAGGAGAAGCACAAGGGCUUCGUGGAGAAACACGAGAAGCAGAUCAAACACUUUGGGAUGCUGCGGCGCUGGGACGACUCUCAGAAGUACCUGUCUGAUAAUCCUCACCUGGUCUGUGAGGAAACGGCCAACUAUCUGGUCAUCAUGUGCAUCGAUCUGGAGGUGGAGGAGAAACAUGCGCUCAUGGAGCAGGUGGCCCAUCAGACCAUCGUGAUGCAGUUCAUCCUGGAGCUCGCUAAGAGUCUGAAGGUGGAUCCUCGCGGCUGCUUCCGCCAGUUCUUCGCCAAAAUCAAGACUGCAGACCAGCAGUAUCAGGACGCCUUCAAUGACGAGCUGGAGUCAUUCAAGGAGCGAGUGAGGGGACGAGCCAAGAUCCGCAUCGAGAAGGCCAUGAAGGAGUAUGAGGAGGAGGAGCGGCAGAAACGACUGGGUCCCGGCGGUCUGGAUCCAGUGGAGGUGUACGAGACACUGCCUGCGGAGAUGCAGAAGUGCUUUGACGAGAAAGACAUUCAGAUGCUGCAGGAUGCCAUUAGCAAGAUGGACCCCACGGAGGCCAAACAGCACAUGAAGCGCUGCAUCGAAUCGGGUCUGUGGGUGCCCAACGCUCGAGCGGACGAGGAGGGAGAGAAGGAGGGAGAGAAGGAGGGAGAAGAGCCACAGGGCGAGGAGGAUCAGUGAGCGCCUGACCCCUGACCCCGCUCAGGUGCAGAGUGUGAUGGAGCGCUGAGGACUGCAGCACCUCUCUCUUCUCUCAUUCUCUCUGUCUGUUAUUUAAGCAGUGGCCCGUAGACUCUCUCACACGUUCUCCCGCUCUUCUACAGCUAGAUUGAUCGGCCGAAUGAAGAUCUGCAGUAUUAUAGAUCAUGGAGACGGUCCAGAUUAAUUCUAAUAAUCAGCUGAUUUAGUUGAUGGAUGCUGGUUUGGUCUCUUCAUGUUCAUAUUGUUCACUCUGCUCUCUUAGUGCUCUGUGUUCAGUUUUUAUCAGAAUAAAAUUGUGGGCUGAUGGGAAA